AAGUCAUAUGUCACCCCCCUGUGAUUUUACUCUGAAUCAAAGGUGAAAAUACCUUCCUCUACAAAAGUAAAUAUUCCUCCAUGACAUUUCAUAUUUUAGCUUUCAUCACUAUACAUGUCUAUCUUUCUUCAGUAAAAAUAUUAGCAAAAUCAAAAAUUUGAGCCGGGGACCUCUGGAUGAGUCGACACAGAAUGACCCAGCUUUCAUUUUUUCUCCCUGUACAUUAGAAAUUGUCCUGAUUAUCUUUUUUUUCCUGAGCAAAAUAAAUGUUUACCAUGAUUUACAGAAGAGAUUUAGUUCAGUGUAAACAUUAUUUUGUAUAUCAAAAAAUCUUGUCAGGCAUAUUUUGAACAAGAGUCAUUAACGGCAUUAAAAGAUCACAGUCCAGCUUCUCAGAACGAGUCAACUGUAGCUUUAAAUCUCGGCAGCAGGAAAAUUUUAAUCACUAAAAUAUAUGUCGUUUCGUUCUUACAUUAAUACAUCUGUUACGCUGAAUGAGGAUGGAACGCUAUUUUACCCAUAUUUUGUCAGUUAUUUUUAAUAUUAAAGAAAACACUUGCAUUUAAUGUGCUUUCUGUGUAUAGAAAAUCACUUUUGUAAAAACGCCAAAAUGGGACAUCAUGUCUUUCACACACACAUUUCAUAAUAUCAGUGAAGUGAGGAAUGAUAAGAAAGUAUGUGAGUGAUGUCGUUGUGUGAUUGUGACACAGAUGAAGCCUCUCUUAUAUUCGAGCUUCCUCUGGGUGUGGAUCUCUGCUCUGGACGUUCAUCAGGUGCAUCAUGGGAUGUUUCUGAGCACUAGUGCAGGAGGAGCGUGAGAUGAGGUUUCUCUUCACUGUGUGCCGCUCAUGCAUUUAAACAGGUUACCAGUUAAUUAUACACGGGUAUGAUUCGUAUUUGUCUGAAAUCUCAUUCUGAGCAGAAAGCUGACGUCAGUGGUGUGUGUGCAGGCUUUAGUUUGUAUUACACACACAUGUGCCCGUGUGUGUUUGUCACGUCAACAGAGCUGCACGGGAUUGUGGGUAGCGCUGAGGCUGUCAUCGUGUGUGAUGAGGAGCUGUAUUUCAGGCCCGUCUGAUCUUUUUUUUUUCAGGUGAAAGAAAUGAGUAAAUGAAUAAGAAAUCCAAAAUAUCAAUGUCAAAUGACAAUUUCAGCUGAGAUUCAGAGCCAAAUUACAGGGGGUUAAACGUGAUGGCAAAGAUGGCAGCAUCAUGAGGUUAUUUCACACAGUGAUCGGUCGCUCUAUUAGUGAAAUCUGUUGACUUUAGCAAACCCCAUUCCAAAUAACUUUUCCAGCUUUAUUUACAAUUUUGGUCUUACAACAUCAAACCAGUGAAAGAAAAAAACACAACAGGUUAAUAAAACAUUUAUAAAAAAAAAAAAAAAAGCUAGAAAAACAGGGUUGGGAAAGUCAUCAGUCCCUUGAUUUAUUGGUUCAUAGAUCCCUCUUUUGCUUUAACUACAGCCAUCAGUGUUUUUGGAUAUGUCUGUACUAGCUUUGGACACUUUGAUUGGGGAAUAUUUGCCUAUUCUUCCUUGCAGAAUUGCUCAAGUUCAGUCAAGUUCUGCUGUGAGCGCCAGUGGGCUGUUCUCUUCAAAUCCAUCCACAGAUUUUCGAUUGGAUUUUUCAGUCGGGGCUCUGCCUUGGCCACUCAGUGGACGGCCUGAUCUAGGCAAUGUGCCAGUGGUGCCAUACAUUUUCCUCUUAAUGAUGCUUUGAACGGUACUCCGAGGGAAAGCUAAAGCCUUUGAAAUGUUCUCCUGACUUGUGCCUUUCUACAGCUUUAUCCCAGAGGUCUUUUGAAAGCACUUUUUUCCAACCAUGGUAAAUUCUUUGCCGUACCAUGCAAUACUAACAUACUAACAGUGGAGUCUUCAAGAAAUGGCUCAUUUUAUUCUGAAGUAAUCAACACCACCACUAUAGAUGUCAGGUGGGGCAAUUAGCCUGGUGUUUAAUCUGGAAGUUAAUUGCUUGCACCUGAGCAGGUUUAUAAUGGUAUCCUCCAGGGGGCUGAUCGCUUUACCAAACCAGGCAUUUCACCGAUUCAUUUUUAAUAAUCCUCCAUCCUCAAUUUUUUAAAAUGAUAUUUUUACUUUAACGAUGACGGUUAUAAUGUGUACAUGCAGCUCAAAAUUUAAAUGCAUUUUAAGUGCAUUUUUAUGUCGGUGUUCAAAAAUGGGAGUGACAGUUAAAGGGUUAAAAUGUAGAUGCUUAAAAAAAGUUUCCUUGGAAAGAGACAUCUAAAAGAGACAUCUAAAAGAGACAUCUUUAAUUACAGUCACGCAAACUUUUGAAGAUGUGUUUUUUAGUCACUCAGGAAUAUUUUCUGCAAUUCUUUUGAUAAGAGGGAAACAAGAUACUUUUUUUAGUUUCAACAUUAUUUACUCUUCAGUCAUUGCUUUUUUAAAGGGGUCAUCAGAUGCUAAGUUCACUUUUUCAUGUUGUUUGAACAAAUAAUGUGUGUUGUCAGUGUAUGUACAAAUCUACCCUAUAAUGAUAAAAAUCCAUGCAGUGGUUUUUAAUUAAUCUGUAAAAAUAAUAUCCCCUUUUUCAAAUCGAGCCGUUCUCAGAUGCCUGUCGUUGUGGCGUCACAUGACAGAGGCCACUCCCACCAUAGUUGAUUGACAUGAGCGUCUUACCUCAGAUCAGCUGUAACAGUCCAGUAACCUCCAUUGUUUCGAUGCCGGAGCAGGGAUGUAAGGUACACAAGAAUAUCUCUGAUUGAGUGAUUGAGGUGUUGUGUUGCUGGAUGUAAUAAUGAACAUAGUGGUCGUCAUUUACUCCCGACAUCUGAGCAGCUGAAGAUGCAGUGGAUUACGUUUGUUUGUGAAGGGAAUGCGCCUCCCGAUCUACAUAUAUCCGUCUAUGUUCACGCAAAUCAUUCGUGAUCCAGCUUCACUUACAGCAGAAAGCGGCGUGUGUGUUUGUCGUUCAGGCUUCCAUCUGAUCCCGCAUCUGUCGGGCGUGGUUCCUGAGAGCUGUCUGCUGAUCGUGGUGGGUCUGCUGGUGGGCGGCUCGAUCCGCGUGAUGGGCAAGGACCCGCCCGUGCUCGACUCGCAGCUCUUCUUUCUGUGCCUGCUGCCGCCCAUCAUCCUGGACGCCGGCUACUUCCUGCCCAUCCGGCCCUUCACGGAGAACGCCGGCACCAUCCUGACCUUCGCGGUGGUGGGGACGCUGUGGAACUCCUUCUUCAUGGGCGCGGUGCUGUACGGCGUCUGCCGCCUGGAGGCCGACCGCCUGGCGUCCGUCAAUCUGCUGUCCUGCCUGCUGUUCGGCUCCAUCGUGUCGGCCGUGGAUCCGGUGGCCGUUCUCGCCGUCUUCGAGGAGAUCCACAUCAACGAGCUGCUGCACAUCCUGGUGUUCGGAGAAUCUCUGCUGAACGACGCCGUGACUGUGGUCCUGUAUCACUUGUUCGAGGAGUUUGGGCACGCGGGCGAGGUGACGGCGGGCGACGUGUUUCUGGGCGUGGUGUGUUUUUUCGUGGUGGCGCUGGGCGGAGUGAUGGUGGGCGGCGUGUACGGAGUGUUGGCGGCUUUCACCUCGCGCUUCACGUCGCACACGCGUGUGAUCGAGCCCCUCUUCGUCUUCCUGUACAGCUACAUGGCGUACCUGUCGGCCGAGGUGUUCCACCUGUCCGGCAUCAUGGCGCUCAUAGCGUGCGGCGUGGUCAUGCGGCCGUACGUGGAGGCCAACAUCUCCCACAAAUCCUACACCACCAUCAAGUACUUCCUGAAGAUGUGGAGCAGCGUGAGCGAGACCCUGAUCUUCAUCUUCCUGGGCGUGUCGACGGUGGCCGGGCCGCACGUCUGGAACUGGACCUUUGUGACCAUCACCAUCGCCCUGUGUCUGCUGUCCAGGAUUCUGGGUGUGGUCGGUUUGACGUACAUCAUUAAUAAGUACCGGAUGGUGAAGCUGAGCAGUAAGGAUCAGUUCAUCGUGGCGUACGGCGGACUGAGGGGCGCCAUCGCUUUCUCGUUAGCGUUCCUGCUGUCCCGCGACGUCUUUCCCAUGAAGGACAUGUUUCUGACGGCCAUCAUCACCGUCAUCUUCUUCACCGUGUUCGUGCAGGGAAUGACGAUUCGACCGCUCGUUGACCUUCUGGCUGUCAAGAAGAAGAAACAAAGCAAAUGUUCAAUAAACGAGGAGAUUCACACUCAGUUUCUGGAGCAUCUGCUGGCUGGAAUCGAGGGCGUGUGCGGACACUACGGACAUCAUCACUGGAGGGACAAGCUGAACCGCUUUAAUAAGCACUACAUCAAGCGCUGUCUGAUCGGCGGAGAACGAUCGCAGGAGCCGCAGCUCAUCUCCUUCUACAACAAGAUGGAGCUCAAACAGGCCCUGACGCUGCUGGAGAGCAACAGUUCAGCCAGUCUGAGCACCGCCGUCACUGCAGCCGCACCGUCAGUAUCUCACACACACACACUCAUGUACUGCAUCUCACCUCUCAUACAUGUGUGUGUGUGUGUGUGUGUGUGUGUGUGCAGACAGCAGCGGAGCCAGAAAACACUCAACAUCUCUAAAGUACGAGAAGAAGAAAUCAGGAAGAUCCUGCGAGCAAACCUGCAGAAGACCCGACAGAGAUUGCGCUCGUACAGCCGACACACGCUGAUGCCCGACGCCGAAGACGACGACUGGAGCGAGACGCUUCUCAGGAAGCAGCGCGUGGAGAUGGAGAGAAGGAUGAGCCACUUUCUGACGGUUCUUGCUCGUCCAGAGUCUCCUCCGGUGAGAAGAGCGCGCGUGGAGUCAGACAGUCGAGCGUUUGCGGCCAGACCGAGCAUCCUCGUCACCGUCGCCGACGAGACGUCGGACGGGCCCCGGGAGAGCCGAGGACCCAAACCCAGCGUGAAGUUCGUUCUGGACGCGGAGGAGCAGAAACUGCCUCGCUGUCUGAGCGAUCCGGGUCCAGAUCAGCUGCUGGAGGAAGACGAGGAGCCCGUCCGUCACAGAGACUGACAGCACUGUUUCUGUGUGUUUUAUGUGUGUUUUAGCAGUGGAAAAAAUGAUGUAUUCAAUUAAACAAAAGUGCCAGUGAAUACAUUUAUCACAUUAAAAAAGAUUUCUAUUUCAAAUAAAUGCUGGUGUUUUCAAAACCUUCUAUUCAUCAGUGAAUCCUGAAAAAUAGGUCGUGUUGGAAAAAUAACAUGUACGACGGUUUCCACAAAAAUAACUGUUUUCAACAUGAAUAACAAUCAUAAAUGCAGCAAAUCAGCAUAUUAGAAUGAUUUCUGAAGGAUCAUGUGACACUUCCAGUGAAGACUGGAGUAAUGAUGCUGAAAAUUCAGCUGCGAUUGAACAGAAAACACUUAUUUUAAACGGUUAUAAUAUUUCACUGUUCUUCACAGUAUUUUGGAUUAACUUAAUGAGUCUCAGGAG